AGUCGUUAUCAUAUUGCAGUAACGUUAGCUCACCCGGUAGUCUAAACAUUUACACCACAGUGUUUGUCUUAUUUACGAACAUUUCUUUCUGCUUAUCUUAUCAGAAAAGCGGUUUAACUCGUUGGCUCGUCGCACGAUUACAAAACUCUCCUUUUCCCUGAAAGAGAAGAUUUGAAAAGACAGACUGUGAAGGUUCUGCUGCAGCUUUAGUGCAUUUUAAAACCUUUAUUUGAAUGAACCAGUUGCAGCUGUCAAAGCUUUAGGGAAUGAUUUACUGCAUGCAUGCUAUGAUCACAUCAGAUUAUUAUAAACAUGGAGUAAGAGGAAACAUUUGAGUGACUCCUGCAUGAUGUUUGAUGUCUUCAUGUCUGUGGGGUUCUGGUUUGGAUCAGGACGUCCUGGUUUCUGUCUGGGAACAUGUUUACUGAUGACUCUCAUGCUGCUGAUGUACGCAGGAGGCAUCCAGGCCAGCCUCAGUUUAGGUCCAGGUGGAAACUUCCCGGGGAUCAGAGAUGUGUUCCUGUAUGCGUUCAGCCACGAUGAGCCGUCUUCUCUCCUGGUCAGUGUUGCCCUCCUGCUGCUGUUCGGACCCUGCCAGGAGCGCCGCUGGGGGUCUGUCGCCUUCCUCGCCCUCUCCGUCCUCACGCUGGCCACGCUCCCUUUACUCUACACCCUGGUCCUGUUCGUGGGCGGGGCCGAGGCGAGUCGGAUCUGUGGCUACUCUGCCAUCCAGCUGGCUCUGUUCACGGUGCAGUGUCGUCAGGUGACGCAGAGACGGCUGCUCAGGUGCUUACCUGUCUGGUUUCUCCCCUCUCUUCUGCUGCUCGGUCUGCUGCUGCUGCCGGGGACGCCCGCCCUGCUUCACUUCUGCACCAUAUGCAUUGGGCACAACUAUCAUCAGCCUUUCAUCGGGACGCUGCAGGAGUGGGAGGAGUUCAGUUUCUUGGGUUUAAUACCUGAUUGGGCUUAUGUGUCGACAUCCUCCAGGCUCAGAUUACCGACGCACUCUACCUCACAGAGCUCCAUCAGGAGGCCCGUGGAUCAGGCUGCAGCUCCUCCACCCGUUAGGGAUCCCUCUUUUUUCAACUACCACCCUCAGGAGCAUCCGAUUCCCGCCUGGCUAACACCCGAGUCUGCUGCACAGUCUGAAGCUGCCAUGUUGGAGGAGCAGAUGCUGAGGGCAGGGAUACUGGCUUCACUACAGGACGCUCCUGACGACCCCGAUGCCAAAGUGGAGGUUCCCAAAUCAUCCGUUUCCUCUCUGCGACUCCAGCAGCUGGAGAAGAUGGGCUUCCCCACAGAGAAAGCUGUAGUAGCAUUAGCGGCCUCCAAACAGCUAGAUGGCGCCAUUUCUCUGCUCAUCGAUGACAGCGUUGGAGAACAGGCUGUGAUGGUGUCAAAAGGAAAGAGCCCCGUGUCACCUCAGGGGACAUAGUGGACAUCAUGAACUGAAGCAGUGUUUGCUCUGACUGCAGGAACUGGACUUAUUUAACGCUUGGGUUUUGCUGAGCUUCACGAUCCGAUCCGCCCUGUGGGCUUCUUGUGAAAGGAUGUUUAAUCACCGAUAUUCAUCUGGAAAAACAAGAGCGAGGGAGGACUUGUGUUUCUCUCUUUGGGACAAACAGACAAUUCUGUAUCACAAAAAUCUACAUUAGAGCCGCAUGAUUCAUAUUUAAAAAACAGGAUCUCGAUUCAUGCACACA